CCUUUCUUGGGGGAGGGAGUGUGAGUGUGUGUGGAUGUGCGCGCCCGCGUGUGUACACACCGGUGUCUAAUGGCACAGACAACCACACCUCUGGGCUCUCGGUGGGGACACCUCGGAGAGAAAACCACAUACCUCAGCCGCACACACCGAGCCCAACGGGAACUUUCCGCAGGACUGGGGACAAACAACCAAACAGGCACGUUUGUCUGAGGCUGUCUCAGACCAGGGGAUCGGGCAGGUUAAGGGCUUGGUACAUUUCCUAAGCCUCGGGCGUCUGAGCUGGGACUAGAGGGAGGGCAGGGGUUGAGUGCUUUAUAAAACUAGUGCAAAGUUUGUGCGUGCACCAGGCUGGCUGAGCUCAGAUCGACCUUCCACCCCUUGCAGCCUUCUCUGCCGUGAGCCCGAGCCGUCGCUGUGACAGUGUCAGCCGAAGUAGCAGCAAGCACAAAAACAGCAGCGGCGGCGGCAGCAGCCUGCUCCAGCUCCGCAGCAGAACCGCACCCCCCUUCCUCCAUCCCCACCCCCUCGCUCUCUGCCCAGCCCCGCUCAGUCUCGUCUGGCUGCUCGGCUCUCCUGGCUCGGUUCAGUCUGCGGGGAAGCCUCGCUCCGUGCUCGCCUCAGCUGAGGACUCUUCGGGCGCGUAACAUGGCUGAGCGCCCCGCCACCCCUCGCCCCUGGUCAUGGCUGCUGGUCUUACUUUCCUUGGCUUCGCUCUGGAGCUGCCUGCGGGCGCGCUUCGCAGCUGAGGCAGACCCCAAAGACCCCGAGGCAGAGGCGGAGAUGGUAGUUUUCCCAGAGUCGUCCUUGCAGAAACCCACGGUGUUCGUGGCCAUCCUGGCUCGCAAUGCUGCGCACACGUUGCCCCAUUUCUUGGGCUGCUUGGAGCGGCUGGACUAUCCCAAGGACAGGAUGGCCAUCUGGGCAGCUACAGAUCACAAUGUUGACAACACAACAGAGAUCCUCAGAGAGUGGCUGAAGAAUGUACAGAAAUUAUACCACUAUGUGGAAUGGAGGCCUAUGGAUGAUCCUCAGUCUUAUCCUGAUGAAAUUGGACCAAAGCACUGGCCAGGCUCCCGGUUUACACAUGUUAUGAAGCUCCGGCAGGCUGCCCUUCGAACUGCGAGGGAAAAAUGGUCAGACUACAUCCUGUUUAUAGAUGUUGACAAUUUCUUGACUAAUCCACAAACCCUCAAUCUGAUGAUCUCCGAAAACAAGACUAUUGUGGCCCCAAUGUUGGAAUCUCGAAGUCUAUAUUCUAAUUUCUGGUGUGGAAUCACACCUCAGGGCUACUAUAAACGGACCCCGGACUACAUUCAGAUUAGAGAAUGGAAGAGAAGAGGCUGUUUUCCUGUCCCCAUGGUCCACUCCACAUUCCUUAUUGACCUCAGAAAAGAGGCUUCACAAAAGCUGAUGUUUUUUCCCCCGCACCAGGAUUAUGCCUGGACUUUUGAUGACAUUAUUGUCUUUGCCUUCUCCAGUAGGCAAGCAGGUAUUCAGAUGUAUCUCUGCAACAGAGAACACUAUGGCUACCUUCCCAUCCCACUGAAGCCACACCAGACACUGCAAGAGGACAUCGAGAACCUCAUUCACCUGCAGAUAGAAGCAAUGAUUGAUCGUCCUCCAAUUGAACCUUCCCAGUAUGUCUCAGUUGUCCCCAAAUACCCAGACAAGAUGGGAUUUGAUGAGAUUUUCAUGAUAAACCUCAAACGGCGGAAGGACAGACGAGACCGAAUGUUGCGCACACUUUAUGAACAAGAGAUCGAGGUCAAAAUUGUAGAAGCAGUGGAUGGAAAGGCCUUGAAUACAAGUCAACUGAAAGCUCUGAAUAUUGAUAUGCUACCUGGCUACAAGGAUCCCUAUUCUUCCAGGCCAUUGACAAGGGGUGAAAUUGGAUGCUUUCUUAGCCACUAUUCUAUCUGGAAAGAGAUAAUUGACCGAGAACUGGAGAAGACGCUUGUUAUUGAGGAUGAUGUGCGUUUUGAACAUCAGUUUAAGAAGAAACUUGUGAAGUUGAUGGAUGACAUUGACCGUGUGCAGCUAGACUGGGAACUGAUUUACAUUGGUCGGAAGAGAAUGCAAGUACAAGAACCAGAGAAGGCCGUGCCCAAUGUCAUGAAUCUAGUUGAGGCUGAUUACUCCUACUGGACUUUGGGCUAUGUCAUCUCCUUAGAAGGGGCUCAGAAGUUGGUUGGAGCUGAUCCCUUUGGAAAAAUGUUGCCAGUGGAUGAGUUCCUGCCAGUUAUGUACAACAAACAUCCUGUAACCAAAUAUAUGGAGUAUUAUGAACCCAGGGAUCUGAAAGCUUUCUCAGCUGAACCCUUACUCAUCUAUCCCACUCAUUAUACGGGGCAGCCGGGUUACCUGAGUGACACAGAGACAUCCACCAUCUGGGACAACGAAACUGUGUCCACCGACUGGGAUCGGAAGCACUCUUGGAAGUCUCGGAAGCAGGAGCACAUCCACAGCAACGCCCAGAACACAGAUGCUUUACCCCCCACCACUUCCCUAGACACAGCACCCUCGAGGGAUGAGUUAUGAUGGAUCUCAUGGUUUUAAGUCUCCAACUGGACCUGCCUCUUGCUUUUUGUUUGUCUUUAGAGAUAAUCCUCCAGUUUCCUUUUGUGUUUCAUUGUCACUCUCAGAAGAUCAACUUGAUUGAUUCAUCUGAUGGAAAAUAGUAAAUUAUUAGAAAAGAAAGGCAAUGAAGAUAAUUUAAGUAGAAGGCUCUAGGAAGAUGGAAAGAUAGGCUUCUUUUUGGGAAAAAAAAACAUUAAGGUAUCUUUCAGUUUGGUUUGGUCAGAUGCUUUGGUUCAUCACUUUUGUGAAGUGGCUGUUCACAGGAAGGGCAGAACCUGUAGCUGAGUGAUCCAGACUACUAUGGGCUAAUCACCAGGCUAUCAGGAGACCUCCGAACAAGCUGUUGAGACAAAACCAAUAAUUGGCCCAGUUGUUUUGUGGUUAUGGGGGAAGCAUCACUUUAUGCAAGCUGCCCUUGCCAAAAAUAACGUGUAAAUCAACCUUUUUUUAGUUGAAUUAUCUCUUAAACGCUUUAGUGAGACUUAAUUAUAGUAAUCCUGUUCUACCUUCUUUCGGAAAACAAAAGAUACUUUUGCAAAGUGAUUUUUUUUCUUUUGUGUGAUUUGACUCUAAAUUCUCAUAUAUCAUUUUUGUGAGAAUGAAGUACACUAGCAUUUUGGCCCUUUUGAUAGUCCAAUCCAAUAGAAUUAGCGUUUUAUGCCUUCUAUUAUUGGCUUGGCAUUUGACCAUCAUGACAUUCCAAAACCUCAAUUUUGGUGACUAUUACCAAUAACUAUCCCAAGUCCCACAACAUCAUCUGAAUGUUUUCUGAGUUUACAUCAGUUAUUUUAGGGGUAUUUUUUUUAAAAAGCUCUGCCUUUUUGCAUGUUCCCUAGGAUUACUGCACUUAGGAUACUCCAUUUACAUCGAUUUAAAAGAAGGAAUUAUGAUGAUUCCUACUCAGAAAUUUCAUGGGUAGUAUUGCAACAUUUUCAUUCUCUUUUCUACCCUCUGUAUCACAAAAGAAGCUUUAGAUAUGAAAUUCUGUUAGACAUUAUCCGGAAAGAGACAGUGAUGAAGACAAGGGUGAAAGUGAAAGAGAGAGAGAGAGAGAGAGAGAGAGAGAGAGAGAGAGAGAGAGAGAGAGAGAGAGA